GUUGUUCAGCAUCAACAGAACAAUAACCUUAAUAAGGUACAAGUCGAGGGCAACAAAUUCCUUGGUGGACAUGUUAGAGUCAGAAAGCAAGUACAUUUCUCAGAUAAAGUGGAGGAGCUUCCUCAGAAAAGGAAUUUGUCAAAGUUGGAAUCUUCGCAUAAAAGAUGUUCGUCUAUUAUAGCAAAAAGGCAACGGAUUUCAAAGUCGUUGACUGCUUCUGCACCUCGUAUGAAACAUUCUUUGACAAAUCAUUGCAGAGGUGUAGUGAAUGAAUUCAUAUUUCGAGGUACCGAGUUCCUCCUCACUGGAUUAUCUAGUCAGAAAGAAAGGAACCUGGAGGCACUUAUAAGGAGUUCUGGUGGGGUGAUUCUUUAUGAUAUUCCCUCUCCACCAAAUUCAAAGAGCAAAAGAAGUUCAACCCUAUCUUGCUUGCAACUUCCCAUUAUUCUAUGUAACAGAAAGCUCAAAACAAUCAAAUUCUUGUAUGGCUGUGCUGUUGGAGCCUCAAUACUAAAAGUUGACUGGCUAACUGAUUGUCUUGCAACUGGAACUAUUUUGCCACCUGAAAAAUACAUGAUUCUUCCAAAUCGAAAUGGCAUGAAGUGGACAAGAAUUGGAAUGGCAGUUCAUCACAGAAUCCAAAAUCAUAUUUUUGAUAGAGUAGGCAUUAUGCUUCACGGGAAGCACAGUUUCUGCACUAAAUUCGCAUGUAUCAUCAAGCAUGGAGAUGGACGGGCGUUCAAAACUCUUCAAUGGUUAGUUCGGAGCAUCGAUGAAGAAAGGAGUUUGGUGGGAGCCAUUGUAGUUGAAGAGAAGGCUUCGAUAUCACGUCACCUGAAGUCCUGUGCUUUGGAGCUGGAUAUUCCUAUUAUGCCUUCUAGCUGGAUCAUUAAAAGCUUAUAUUUAGGAAAGUUACUUCCUUUCACGGAAGAAAAUAAUACGUUUUCACUGCCAUUUGUUCAGAUCCCUGAAGUUCGAAAUUCCGUUGAGUGAAGAAAUAUAAAUUUUUUCAGCCGUCAAUGUACCUAUGAAUUGUAAACAUUAUUUAGUCCAUCAUGACUGCAUAUUAUGUAUGAUUAGAUAUAGGCAUGUACAUUGCCAACUGGAUAAUUGAUUUUUUAUUUAUUUAAAGUGUACAAAUGAUAUUCAGUUCAUAUCAUGUUUAGAUAAAAUGUUUAUCAUCA